AUGGCUACCAUCUCCCUCACCUCUACCCUUCUAAUCAUUUCCUUGGCUUUAAUUGCCAUAAUUGAGGGAAGUGGAAGUGGGGAUGCUUCAAGUUCGAGUUCAAGUCCUUGCAAAAUGGGCAAACUUGUGAACCCAAGCUUACUGAAACAUGAACACACAACUACUAAUGAUGAGAAGAAAGUAAACGUUUUAAAAGUUGCUUCGAAGAAGGCAAAUGACCCAAUCUUUAAAAAUACAAAAAUUAUUUUGGAAAUUGGAGGAAUUAAAUGUGAAGCUUCCGUUAAAAAUAAUAAAGGGGAAGAAUGUAAAAUACCCGUUAAAGAGAUUAAAAAAGGCCCCCAAUCUGGAACUCUGAUUUUUAGCUAUGCUGAAGGGAAAGAAGUCAAAGUUCCGUUUAAAGACGUCCAUAUGUUUGAUGACAAUAUGUGUAAUAUUGUGCUUGAAGGAUAUAAUAUGAAGACACAUGAGUUGGAUUUCACCCUUAAUGGUUUGUAUCCACUCAAGGUGGUUCCUGAGGAUAAAAGGUGUUGA